GGAGGAGGAAGAAAAAAAGGGGGAGGAAGAUUAAAAAAAAAGGAGGAGGAGAAUAAGGAGGAGGCAGCGGUUACGUGGUGCUGCUGUGGGGCGAGCUGCUGCCGCCGCCACCACCGAGGGCAGGGGGCGGGCGGAGGGACCAUGCCGCCGCCGCGGUAAUUGAGAAUGGGUCCUCAACGAUGCUAAGUCUACAAUGGGAAGUGUCACGCUUCGCUAUUUCUGCUAUGGGUGCCUUUUCACAUCAGUGACCUGGACACUUCUGCUCUUUGUUUAUUUCAACUUCAGUGAAGAAAAUCAGUCCUUCAAGAAUGUGCCCGUCAAGGGGCUGGAACCUCAGAGGCCAUUUCCAAAAAAAUUCUACCCCCGUUUUACCCGGGGGCCAGUUCAUUUACCUGAAUUGCAACAGAAAGAGAAUAAGAUUGGAAAUCCUCUUGGAAAUCAUGUCCAGGACCCAGUGAAGGGGGAGGUAGACUUCUCUCCUGAAAUGGGAAUGAUUUUUAAUGAAGAAGAUCAGGAAGUAAGAGACUUGGGCUACCAGAAGCAUGCGUUCAAUAUGCUCAUCAGUAACCGGCUGGGAUACCACAGGGAGGUACCAGAUACAAGAGAUGCAAAAUGUAGAGAGAAGUCCUACCCUUCUGAUCUGCCAUCUGCCAGUGUUAUCAUCUGUUUCUACAAUGAAGCACUUUCUGCCCUGCUUCGCACAGUACACAGCGUCCUCGAUCGCACUCCUGCACACCUUCUUCAUGAAAUUAUUUUGGUGGAUGACAACAGUGAAUUGGCUGACUUGAAGAAAGACUUGGUUGACUAUGUUAAAACUCAGCUUCCAAAAACAACAAAACUGGUAAGAAAUGAGAAGCGGGAAGGCUUGAUUCGAGGAAGGAUGGUUGGAGCCUCUCAUGCCACAGGAAAGGUGCUGGUAUUCCUGGACAGCCACUGUGAGGUGAAUGAGAUGUGGCUGCAGCCGCUGCUGACUCCGAUCAGCGAAGACCGCAGGACUGUGGUGUGCCCCGUGAUUGACAUAAUCAGCGCUGACACGCUCACCUACAGCUCCUCCCCGGUUGUGCGUGGGGGGUUUAACUGGGGCCUGCACUUCAAGUGGGAUCUCGUUCCUGCGUCAGAACUGGAAGGACCCGAGGGAGCUACGGCUCCGAUCAAGUCACCUACUAUGGCAGGAGGCCUGUUUGCCAUGGAUCGUGAGUACUUUAAUGAACUUGGACAGUAUGAUAGUGGCAUGGACAUCUGGGGAGGAGAGAAUCUGGAAAUAUCUUUUCGGAUCUGGAUGUGUGGAGGCAGACUCCUGAUCAUCCCCUGCUCCAGGGUGGGACACAUUUUCCGUAAAAGACGUCCCUACGGCUCACCACGAGGCCAGGACACCAUGGCUCACAACUCCUUGAGGCUGGCACAUGUGUGGAUGGAUGAAUACAAGGAGCAGUAUUUUGCUUUGAGACCUGAGCUAAGGACGAGGAACUAUGGAAACAUUACCGACCGUGUAGAAUUGAGAAAAAGAUUGAACUGCAAAUCAUUUAAGUGGUAUUUAGAUAACAUCUAUCCUGAGAUGCAAAUAUCUGGGCCCAAUGCCAAAGCUCCGCAGCCAGUUUUUAUUAAUAGAGCACAGAAACGACCAAAAAUAAUCCAGCGUGGAAGGCUGUAUCACCUUCAAACCAACAAAUGCCUGGUUGCCCAGGGCCACCCGAGUCAGAAAGGAGGCCUGGUAGUGGUUCGGGAAUGCGACUACAACGAUCAGAACCAGGCUACUUUUGCUCUGUGAAUACUUGAAAAAUACACGGUACUGCUCAGUAAGAGGAAGGAUCAAGGUGAACUCUACUUGGGGGAGCAUGCAAAGGGCUGGGAAACAAAACUGAGCCUUCUUGAGACUCAUUGUCACAGCUCUUUUGACUGGAAGGUGGUUGUCUGUGUAAUUUUGUAGUUAGAAAUAGCACAAGUAGGAGAGGUGAGAGGAUUCAGUAGUGCAAAAAGCCUGAAGCAACAGAAGCUGAGAUUCACAAAUACUGAAUGUGAAUUUUGCAAGCUGAAGACUAACGUGGAAUGGAAAGUUGUAGUUGAGGUGUGGUCGAGUGGAGGGAGUGCCAAGCUUGCCGAAGUAAACUCUCCUUCUUGUCUGACCUCCUUCUGAACACCAUAAAAACUCAGGUGUCAAAGGAGUCUAAAAAUACUUAAGGACUUGAAAAGAUCAGACGUGAUCUCUCAUGAUUUCAUCUUGCAUGAAAAGAAGCCUUAAAAAACGAACCGUGGAGUGGAUUCUACUCAAAACCAUCAUGUCUAAGGUUAAUCAGAUGGUGAGGAGAUGUCAAGGAUGCUGGAGUACUUUGUACUAGAGCCUGCCCCAAAGGAAAAGAAGUGAGUUACUGACAAACUUGGAAGAGGAGCAUUGAAGAAUGAAGGUUUUGGAAGGAAGCAUAAUGGCCAACACAGGACUAACCGGUGGGAGUGUUUGUGAUCUGGCAUUGGGCUGAUCUGGCAUGGGUUUGUCAUCUGUCUGAUGCCUGCUUGCCUUUUCCCGACCCAACUGCUUAAAGCCAAGUUCCUUUUCCAAAAAAUCUCCUCACAGGCUGCUGAGUUAUGUGUAUUUUUCUACUCCUGCUUAGAAAGAGGUUAUUCUCCUCUGUGCAUUUGCUUCAUUUGGAUAAUUCCAGGUUUCUAUAACUUAGCAACAUCUUAAGCUUUAAAAAUACGACUGUCGCCAGUCAGGCUGGGAAGUGGCCAGGUCUGCGAGCGUGUGCCUCUGUGCUCUGUUCAGCGGGACUCUGAAAGAGAACAGAUUUGGGCAGGAAAAAAAAACUCAGAAAAGCUCUGUUAACACUGCUGUAGAACUUCAUAAAUGUCAGCAUGCACACUUCAGUCUCUGGACCACGUGUCUGGAGUGUGAAGCUAUGCCAGUUGGCCAGCCCUGCCUUUUCCUACACCCCUUGGCACUCUGAAAGCCAAAGGGCAGCCUGGUGCUUCCAUACAGCCUUGAAAUAUUUGUUCCUUAGGCAGCAGAGGGAAGCUCCCUGCCCCUACUGCAGCUUCCUUGGUUUGUUUAUUUGCCCUAGGUUGGGGUCCUGGGUUUUAAUGCAGUUGCCUGUAUUGAUGUUGGACCUUAAGUCUUACAUAGUUGACUCGAUUUCUCAAAAGGAGAUGGUAAUGUGGGGUCAUCCUCCUAGGCUGAGGCACCACUUGAGCCCUCUCCUCACUUGAAUUUCCUCUAGGAGUUCAGCUGGCUGUUAGAUGUUUACAUUAAUCACUGUGUGAAUCUUCUACUGAAGGAAAAAAAAAAAACAAACAAACACAAAAACACUCAUGUGGCCCUGUGUCUCUUUAUUAUGAUUUAUAUAUUUAAAAAAAAAAACCCUCUGUGCUGUAUAGGGGUUUAUGGAGCAAAGCAAAUGCUGGCAAGGGGCCUAUCCUGCACCAUUCACCAACCUAAAUCCUAUUUAACCCUAACUUAGAUCACUGGUGGCGUGGGGAGAAGUUUCUCCUUAACAUCUGCCUCUUUGCUUGUAUUUGAAAAUAGAAGCAGGCUGUCACAGUCUGCUUGCAUCCCAGUUUUUCCCUUUGCCUCCAGUGAAAAGGGUGAGAGCUCUGCGGCAUGUGCAGCAGUCAGGGUGGCCCUGGGGACAGCAA